GAUGCAAAAGUCUUGUCAAAUAGGCCCUACAACUAUAACGAACAUCAGCAAGCAUAAAUCCCCAAAUUGCUUCAUCUGCAAGCCAACCGUGAUCUUAAUCCAUAUAAAGUCAUUCUAGGAUUCAAACAACGUUAUCCUCCUUCCUUUACGUAUUAGCCAUUUUGUUCCUGAUCAAAUAAUGAAAUACGGCGAAAUUUCUCACUUCAGCCACCCCUAUCACACUCUCGAAUCUGAGUACACCAAAGUCCCCUUCAAGUGUGAUGGCUGCAAAGAAGUCGGGAUUGGCUCGUGCUAUAAGUGUAACGAUUGCAACUAUGAUCUGCACAUGCACUGUGCCAUCCCUUCCCCUUCGAUAUCUCACCCUUUCUACACCAAGUGCUCUUUCCAAUUCCUUGAACGCCCUCCUGGAAAUGUAGCGCGCUAUUGUAACGCCUGUGAGAAGGACAUUACUGGAUUCGUUUACCACUGCAAGAAAUGCGGAUUUGAUCUGCAUCCAUGCUGCGCCAAGCUCCCUAUGGUACUAGACGACGGUGAAGUGAAACUAUAUCUGUAUGAGAAAGUAAGCGAGCCUUGUCUUAGGUGUGGGAGAAAGGGGAGAAGUUGGAGUUAUAGGUCGACGUGCAAGAAGUACAAUUUGCACGUGGCGUGCGUGAAGGAGAUGUUGGUCGAGAGUUGGCACGAAAUAUAUUUCGGAAAUGGAGGUGGGAAUAGUAGAAAACUGGAGACGAGGAUUCCUAGCUUGAAAGGUACACUGCAAACUCAUCAUAGGAAAAGCAAAGGAAAAGUUCAAAAAUGUUGCGAAGUGGCUGGAUUUGCUUUGCAGUUUGUGAUUUCUGCAGUUCUUGGUGAUCCCACUACCCUGAUUGCUGGGGUGGUGGGUUCAAUGAUGUCAAAAUAAAAGGUUCCGUGGCAUUCUAAUCUGGCCCUGCUGAAAAUGAGUCCAAAAAUGACGGAAAAAACGAUGUAGUUUGAAAAUCU